AUGAACAUGAAAUUUGAAUUAUUACCAAAUGAAAUAUUCAUUGAAUGUUUUCAAUAUUUGAAUGCACCAGAUAUAUUCUAUUCAUUUGAUCGGUUAAAUUAUCAUUUUUAUACACUUAUUCGAACUAUUCCAAUAUGGUUGAAUUUUGAAAAAUUCAAAAAAUCCAAAUUUAAUCAAUUUUGUCAAAUAAUAUUAUCAAAUCCAGAAUUAAAACAUAAAAUAAUUUCAUUAAAAUUAUCAAAUGAAGGUACACGUGGUCAAAUUGAAGAAUUUCUUUCUUUAUUUCCGUUAAAUGAAUUUAUUAAUCUUCGAUCAUUAUCACUAAUUGGUUUAAAAGAGGAAAAUGUUGAACAAUUGAAACCGAUGUUAGCAUUAUUAUCUAAUUUGUACUAUUUUUCUUAUACUGAUUUGGAAUAUUGUACUUUAGAAAUACUAUCUGAAUUAUUAAAAUCGGAAUUACGAAUUUUAUCAGUACAGGAAUGUGAAGGUAGCACAUCUAUUUUGAAAGAAAUGUCAAUUACAUCAUUAACACUUUUUGAUUGUACUUGGAAUGAAUUACUUGAAGUGCUCCAAUAUGCAUUGUCAUUGAAAUAUUUAAAAAUUGACCAAUUGUGUAGGUAUACGCAUGUAAAUAAUCCAUUAAAGUUUUAUACUGGAAAGGCUGUUCAUUUAAAACAAUUGAUUAUCGAUGAUACUAAUGCUGACUUUGAAAUGAUUGAGCAAUGCUUAAAGCGUACACCUAAUUUGACAAUUUUCACAAUAAAAGCCGGUAAUUGUGUGAGCAUGAUCAAUGCUGAUCGUUGGCAACAUUUGAUUGAAUCUUCAUUAUUACACUUACGUGUUUUCAAUUUCUAUUUUAGUCAUUCUUACUCUACAGAUUCUUAUAAUGACAUACUGAACAAAUAUCAACAAUUUCAAAGUAACUUUUGGUCUAAACAGCAUCAAUGGCAUACAAAUUAUGAAAUUCAUAAUGGUUUAGCAUCAAUCUAUACUAUACCAUAUGUGUGGAAUCAAUAUACAUUAGUAACUUCCAACAGUAAUUCUGGUAACUUAAAUGGAUUUGAUAACGUUACUGAGUUAACUUUGUCACAAAUGGCAAUUAAAGAUAAUUCAUCAUAUUAUUUUAAUAAUGUUAAAUCAUUAAAAUUAAUAAAUGAAUACCAGUCUGGUAAAAAUCCGGAUGAGCACAAGUUACAGAAAGAACAAAUAAAAUUUUUAAAUAAAAUUGUUAAUUUAUCAACUAUUAAACAUUUAAAAAUUCCAGCAUCAGAUGACGUGCUAUCAUCAUCAUCAUCAUUAUUAUUAGAAAUAUUAAAACAAUUACCAUAUGUAUCAUCAUUACAAAUUGAUAAACGUGAUUUAAUAUUAUAUGUUAAGGAUCAUGAAUUAUGUAAAUAUUUAAAUACAAAGAUUACUACACUAUAUUUAUAUAAUUAUAAGUACUAUGGUGAGUAUAUUAAAUCUGACGAAGUAGAUUUACUUCUUGAGUCAUUUUCAAAUCUCGAACAACUUCGUUGUAAUAUCGGAUCCUCUGUUAGUUUAUCAUUAAUAGUAAACAAAUUUUCAAAAUUAUCAAUAAUAAACAGUACAUAUAUAACCAAAGAGGUGCAUUCAUGGAUUCAAGAAAAUGCAUCGAAAUUAAAUGUAUACAUUGAUUUUUAUUCAAUUGAUGACUAA